AUGUAUACGACCGCCGUCACCAAGUUUCUUCUCUUCACCGUUCUCGUCGCCCUUGCGGUAGAGUGCAGACCUGCCCCCGCCCUAGACAGCCUCGAAGGCCUCUCGAACAGGAUCCGUACCGGUGCCGUCGCUAUCGCGAACCCCGCCCACCCAAAAGACUCGAGGAUCCAGAGGAUUACCAGCAAGGAUGGUGAGGUUAUCAGAAUUCAGAAUGAGGGCGGGCCUCAGAAUGAGGAGGGGCAAUAUGAGUAG